AUGAUGCGAUACAUAUCCGAAGUUAGAAUGGCUUCAGAGCAAUUGAGGAGAGAUAUCAAGGGCACUGAUGAGCGUGCAGUUGAUGUGGAGAAAGAUAAAGUCCCCAAAUUGACAACCCAUUUUGAGUCCCUAGUUACCCAACGCCCAGAUGAAGAAAAACCUCACCAAUUUGUGUCAAUUUCUCGCAAGGUUGAAGGGGUUGGAUUCGACACUGGCGCACAAAGUCAGGAACAGAGGGAAGGUGAAGUUGGAAAGGUGAAAGAUCAGAUAAAAGGGGCUCAUGAAGAAGCAAGGAAGAAUAAGGCAGAGGAAGCAAUGGGAAAACCUCAGGAAGGUGCUUCGUUGGAGGAAUUAACCAGGUACAGACAACAAGCGCAACAGAAGUCCGUGGAGGCAAUCAGGGCUGCGGAAGAAAGGUCACAAAGGGCUAAAGACGCUGCAGCUGAGAACGCGGGGAAAGUUAAAGAAUCUGCUCAAUCUACGGCUCAAUCGGCUGCUGAGAAGACGAAAGGACAAGUUCAGAGUGGAACCCAAAUGGCUGCUCAGAAAACAGGGCAAGCAAAGGACUAUGUUAUGCAAGGAGUUCAGACUGGAACCCAAAUGGGCGCUGAGAGAGCCGGCCAAGCAAAGGAUUAUGCUGCGGAAAAAUUACGGAGUGGAAGUCAGAUUGCUUCAGAGAAAACAGGGCAGGCAAAGGAUACGAUUGUGCAGGGAGUUCAAUCUGGAACUCAAUUUGCUGCAGAGAAAACAGGGCAAGCCAAGGAUUCUGUUGUUCAUGGGGUUCAAAGUGGAACCCAAGUGGCUUCUGAAAAGGCCAAAGCUUUGAAAGAUACCGUGGUGGAAACAGGUCAAAUGGGAAUGGAGACAGCGAAACAGGCGACGGGUUACACGGUGGAUAAGGCCGCCCAGGCGAAGGACACCACAGUGGAUGUUAGUAUUAAGGCGGCAGGUUAUAUCGGAGAAAAAACUGCCAAGGUUGCAGGGGAAGCCGUGGAUUACGCCGCAGUUGCAGGAUGGGAAGCGGCACACUUCACGGCGGAGAAGGCCGCGCAGGCUACUAAAGCGGUGGCGGGAGUGGCGGUGGCAGCUAAGGAUAAAUUGGCUGGAGCCGGGCAAACGGUAGCUGGAUUUACUGAGAGUAAAUUGGCCGCUGCAAAGGACGUUGUCGUUUCUACUGAAGAAAGUGCUGCGGAAUAUGCUGCAAGGAAGAAGGCAGAGGCACAGAGAGAUCUAGAACAGAAGAAAAAAACUCCUCCAGCACAAGAAGGUGGAUUCGUCAGAAAGGAAGAGAGACUCGGCGAGGAAGGGGGCCGAGGAACCAUGCCAACAGGAAAAGUUGGGGAGUACUUCCAGGAAGAAUCAGGACAGGAACAAGGGCAGCAGGAAGAACAAAUCAAGGAAACAACAGGGGGCGGCGUGCUCCACGCGAUCGGCGAAACUAUAGUGGAAAUUGGACAGACUGCAAAGGAUCUUCUUGUUGGUCAGGGUCUUCCAGUUCCUGGGCAACCUCAAUCGUAUAAAGAAGAAGAGACAACUGAAGAAGAGCAGAAAGUUCCAUCUCAUCAGGCAUCUUAG